ACUUUGAAUUAGUAGCAAAUCCCAAUCCUACGCCAGCUUCUUAUUUUGUCUUCAAUGGUGCAACUAGUAAUCAUUCCAUAAAAAUAUUGAGUUAGCAAUUUUUCCCACUUAAUUUUGUUCCAAUGUUUACUCUUCUUGUAUACCUCUCCUUCCACUUCAGUCUGUUGUUCACCAUCACUUCCAGUGACACUCCACCUUACACGCCCACAGAUUAUAUUCUGAUCAACUGUGGCUCAUCCUCAAACGCAACUUCAACCGAUGGCCGACACUGGGAAGGCGAUGUGGGCUCAAAAUUCUUGCCGAACGACGUUGCAAAUAUUUCAUUAGCAGACACAGCAACCGAACAACAUUCCUCAGUCACCCAAAUCCCUUUUCUAACUGCCCGUAUCAUUCGAUCUCAAUUCUCUUAUACCUUUCCUGUCUCCCCCGGCGAAAAGUUCCUCCGCCUUUACUUCUACCCGUCCUCCUACUCCAGUGGCCUCAAUACAUCUGAAUCUUUCUUCACUGUCACGGCUAAUAACUACACCCUGCUCAGCAACUUUAACGCAUUUCUUAUAGUUUCUGCCAAGAAAUUCUCACCUGCCUCCCUCAUUAAAGAAUUCAUCAUCAAUGUUCAGGGUAUGAAUCAAUUCCUCAAGGUUAACUUUUUGCCCUCUAUGAAUUCCUUCGCGUUCGUUAAUGGAAUUGAAGUUGUUUCAACCCCGGACGACCUCUACAUGGGUAACCAUGACAUGUACGCUAAUCCCCUUAAGUUCGUGAAUUGUCCGAAUGUUCAGUUCGAGUUUGAUCAGAACAAGACUGCCUUCGAAGCUCUUUACAGGCUCAAUGUUGGAGGAAAUGAUGUUUCUCCGGUAUAUGAUAGUGGGAUGUUCCGAGAAUGGGCUUCCGAUGACAAGUUCAUCUGGGGCGGAGAUCAAGGAAAUCCAUUGAGCAAUAAUGAAAUUGCUAUCAAGUACACUCCGCAAACCCCAAAUUACGCCGCACCCCCGAUAGUUUAUGCUACCGCAAGGGCAAUGGGCCAGUUUAGCACCAGGUUCAACUUGAGCUGGAUCUUUCCCGUUGAUUCUGGGUUUCUUUAUCUCCUGAGGUUGCAUUUUUGCGAGAUCAAUCCUGAUUUGAUUACAAAGGAGAACCAACGGGUGUUCACAAUAUUCAUCAAUAAUAGAACAGCUGAGCCAGAGGCUGAUGUUAUAUAUUGGGCACAUGACCCUGGAAUCUCGAUUUUCAGAGACUACAUCGUGUAUGUUUCAAACCCACCAGAUGGUCGCCGGAACAAGCAAGACCUGUUUCUUGCUCUCCACCCAAAUCUUGACGUCAAGCCAAAAUAUGCCGAUGCAAUCUUGAAUGGCUUAGAAUUGUUCAAACUGAAUAGCUCCGAAGGCAAUCUUGCCAGUACCAAUCCUGGCAUUGCGGUGGAUCCCAAUUCCCUGGUGUCAAACACCAAGUCACCGAAUAAGGGGAGCAGCAGGAAAUUUCGGGUGUCUAUUGCUAUCGUGGGAGGGGUGGCGGGAGGGGCCGCCAUGGCUUUAAUCAUAGGUUUCCGAACCCGGCUCCUCUCUAGGAGAGUAAUCCUCCAGUUUCCCGCAAUGCAUACUUGGAUGUCAGGCACAUGUGUUGAAUUUUUAAUCAAUGGUCCGACAACUCUACUCAACUUCAUGUUUCCCAACCAUGAGUUGCACUUCAAGGGUUGCAAGUAUUAUGUGACAAACUUGAUGAUUUGCCCUACGAAAAUGAGCAAGACAGUGGUUUAUCUAUUUCUCAAGUUGACUCACAUUCUGAAAUUCAUGAUCUCACUCAAGGUCAAACAUCUCAGAAGAAUAUAUUCAGUCCCGUAACAGUUGCAUCAAAAGGGCAUCCUCACACUUACAAAUGAAGGGUGGUUUAGAAAAGUCUUGUAAAAGCAAUAAAUGCUCUUAUUGCAUACAGAAGGGGCACAAUAGAAGUACGUGUCCCAAAUUAAAAAAUUGCGUCGACUGUUAAGUGCAAUAAAUGUUCUUGUUUGGAGCCUGGUAGCUUGAUGUAUUACCUUUUCAUUCAUUCGCGUGUACUGUUUAGAUGUUUAGAUUACUUCACUAGAAUGAUAGUUUGUUAUCAAGUUUGCUUGUCCAGGUUCAGAUUACUUACGUAGAGUGAUAGUUUGAUGUAUUUAUCCUUUCACUGAUACAUGUUCACUUGUCCACUUCAAAUGACUUGACCAAAAUAUUUGUCCCCUUUAA